AUAUUGUCGCACAUACGAGAGAAUUAUGCCUCGGAGAGCGGUGUAUAAAGAUGGUGCUGGGCCAUCACAGUCAACACCCCAGUCAUCGACUAUUGAUCAGAUCACGCAGAAGGUUCGUGCAGAGCUAAGGGAUAAGUUGAGGGAGGAGCUACGAGCAGAGUUCUCUACACAUUUACAGCAGAUGAGAGCUGAGAUGAUGGUCUUAGUGUCACAGGGGGCGAGUGUGGAUCCUAACAGACAGGUUCCUGAUGCAUCGAGUGGCCACCGGGCAUUUAGGGAAUCUGCAGAAGACGAGAAUCCAUAUACACCACCACCAGAAGAUCAGAUAUUUCCUGAGUAGCAGUUUGCUUCGUGUGGAAUGUGGGCGUGUAAAGAUUAUGACCAACUUCUGUUUUUGUAACUCACGAAAGAAUCAAGACGAAAACUUUUGGUUUUGAUUUUGAUUUAUGUUAUUUAAAUUUGUGACCAACAUUAUGUAUGUAUUAU